AUGAGGCAUUUGCAAUCUUGUGAAAUCAGCAAGUCUUCCAUACAAAAAACUCCUCCGAAUCCCGCACACUUUCCAGACUUGCACUUCGUUUACAGCCCAAGCCAUGACGGGGUUGACCACAACCUUCUCAUUCUCUUCCACGGACUUGGAGAUACACCAGAGAACUUUAUAAACUUUGGAAAAAAGAUGCGACUGCCCCAAACGUCCCUGUUGGCCAUAAAAGGGCCUUGUCCGAUACCGUAUCAUGAAGGGACUGGAUGGGCUCCCGCAUUUGAUGCCGAGGGAAAUGAGCGACCCCAUUCUUCUGCUGUCGUGCAAGAGGCCGUCAAGACAACUCGCAACCUCCUCGUUAACCUUCUCAACAAAGCCAUCUUGGCCAGUCCAGAAGCUCCUGACCGCUGGCCAGCAGAAAACAUCUUUUUGUUUGGGUUUUCUCAAGGAGGAGUUUGUGCGAUUGAUCUAGCCCUUUUCGGGACCAUCAGGCUAGGCGGUGCAGUUAGUGUCAGUGGAUGGCCAAGUGAAGCCUUGUACAGCGGGAAGCUACCAGAGGUGAACAAGGGUGUGAAAUUGCUGAUAACGCAAGGACUGAACGAUGACGUUAUUGGCCAUAAUGAGUGGAAAAAGAGGAUGACGUUUCUCAAGAGAGUGAUACCACAAGACGGCAAGCUCGAGGUCCAUGAGAUCCCAGGCAAGGGACAUACAAUGCCGAAUUCUGCGGUGGAGAUGAGGGCAAUUAUGGCGUUCUUUGGAGCGAAUCUAUCAUUACGGAGUUUAGCAUUGGAGGCGAUGUCGGAUGUAUAUGAGGUGAAGAUGCAGCCUGAGUAG